AAGCUCUCUCCCCAACACCCAUCCAGUCCAACUCCUUCACUGGUCGUUGCACUGAGGGAUCCCAACGCUCCUCUCUUUAUUGUUCACAACAUUUACCAUGAGAUUAACCACCACCGCUCUCGCUCUCGCGGGGCUUGCCAGCUGCGCCCUCGCUCACUCGGGCGUCUCUAAGCGCAAGUCGCUUAACUUUGGUCCAGUUCACCCCCAUGCCAAGUUCCAUGUCCAACCCAUCACCGUCUCCAGCGGCUUUGUUCGCGCGGACGACCCCUUUGACGUCGCCAGUCAGUUCGUUAGGGAGCACUUAGGAGAGCAGCACUCGCCUGCCAACUCGUUCACCAUCCGAAAGGACUCGUACACCGAUGCGGCCACGGGCGUCACUCACGUCUAUGUUCGCCAGCUCAUCAACGGUGUCGAGGUCGCGGACGGAGAUAUGAACAUCAACAUCAAGGAUGGUGUUGUCAUUUCCUACGGUGACUCGUUCUACCGUGGCGAGGCUCCUCAGGUCAUCGCAGAUCUUGCGCAGGACGUUGACGUUCACCGCGACUACUGUGAGACUCUUCAGGAAGAGCUCCAGUCCCGUCUCAACGCCGCGCAGGAGCAGACCCACCUCUCCGAUGGCACCACCAUCAACCCCCUGUCUCACCUCUUUGAUUCGCAUUGCACUCGUUUCUCCCAUGUCGUUCCUCAGUCAUCCGGCGAUUUCUCCGCCACUUCCAUGGACCCGAAGCGUGCUCUCCUCCAGUUCAUGGUCGCCGCCACUCCCAAGAGUGAGGUCGUCGAGGACAUCAUGACCAACUACGAGGAGCACCUCUCCAAGAUGACUUCCACCUUCGAGCACCAUUUCGUUGGCGACCACACCACCAUGGUCGAGUACAUCGAGAACGUCCCCGAUACCGUCAACCCCGUCAAGGCGAAGCCGGUCUACAUCCAGAUUCCCCAGGGCGAUAAGACCGUCCUCGCCUACUCCUGGCGCUUCGAGGUCGAGAUGGAGGACAACUGGUACGAGACGGCUGUCUCGAUGCAGGAGCCCCACAGGAUCCUCUCCGUCGUCGAUUGGGCCUCGGACGCUCCCGCUCCCAAGGAACCCGAGACUCACUCGCUUGCCACGUACAACGUCUGGGCGUGGGGUAUCAACGACCCGUCGGAGGGCAACCGUUCGAUCGUCAAGGAGAACAUCGACUCGCUCGCUAGUCCUCUCGGAUGGCACGUCAUCCCUCAGUCGAACGACCCGCUUGCGUCUGGCCAGGCCGGCUCUUCGUACACCAACUUCACCGUCACCGCCGGUAACAACGUUUUCGCGCACGAAGACUGGGAAGGUCUUUCCAACUGGCUGCACAACUACCGUCCGGACGCCGGGUCUUCCAUGGAGUUCGACUUCGCGUACAACCCGCAACCGACCGACAAGACCGACUCGCUCGCGGAGGCGAAGAAGUACAUCAACACCACCGUCACGCAACUGUUCUACACGUCGAACAUGGUCCACGAUAUCUUCUACCGUUACGGUUUCGACGAGGUCUCGGGCAACUUCCAGCAGCAUAACUUUGGAAGGGGCGGAGCCGAGAACGACGCGGUCAUUGCGAACGCUCAGGACGGUAGCGGGUAUAACAACGCUAACUUCAUGACGCCACCCGACGGUCAGAAUGGGAGGUGCAGGAUGUACUUGUGGAACACGGCGAGCCCUUACAGGGACGGAGAUUUGGAGGCCGGGAUCGUCAUUCACGAGUUGGCGCACGGGUUGAGCACACGGCUUACCGGUGGGCCGGCGAACUCUGGCUGUCUUGGAUGGGGCGAGUCUGGAGGUAUGGGUGAGGGCUGGGGAGACUUCUUGGCCACGACCAUCCGUGCGAGCAAGGACUACUCUGACUACCCUAUGGGCGCCUGGGCUGCGAACGACGCGAAAGGCAUUCGUAACUACCCCUACUCUCUCAACGACACCGUCAACCCCUCGACGUACAAGACGCUCGACAAGCCCGGCUAUUGGGGCGUCCACGCCAUCGGUGAAGUCUGGGCCCAACUCCUCUGGAUCCUCGAACAGCGCCUCAUCGAGAAACACGGCUACUCCGACACGCUCUACCCGCCCUCUCCCCUCCCCAACGGUACGAUUCCCACCGGCGACUUCUACCACCCGCGCAGCAUCGACGCGCGCACGGGCAAGGAGAAGCCUUUGGUGCCGCUACACGGGAACACGCUUGCGGUGCAGUUGGUCAUCAACGGGAUGAAGUUGCAGCAGUGCAGGCCUGGGUUCUUCGAGGCGAGGGACGCGAUUGUUCAGGCGGACGAGGUGUUGACGGGCGGAGAGAAUUUCUGUGAGAUUUGGGGGGCGUUUGCGGAGAAGGGUCUUGGGAGGGACGCGAGGGUGGAUGGGAAGACGCCGUGGGGCGGAGGAGUUCGUACUAACGGCUUCACUGUUCCGGCGAACUGCGCGGAUAAGGUCCCUGGUGCGCCGACGCCUGCGCCUGGCGAGCCGGACGACGAUGACGAUGGCGAUGAUGAUGACUGGCCUUGGUUCUGGUCGAUCUUCAAGGCUUAAACGAGCCGUUUGGUUCACCUUGUUAUCCGUAUUCGUAUACAUCCCCCUCCACAUCUAGAUGCACUUUCGAUGAUCACUUUUCAGUAAUGGAAUGACGGUUUUCCACGACACGCCCUCUCUUUUCUUUUGCCUUGAUCGUUCUUAUCAGCACCCACCCCCAGCAUUCUUAGCCUCGUUACUUGUACUAGUAUUGUUAUCAUGCCUCUGGAUCCCGAAUCACGUCUCACGGCUGAUCUUUUCGUUUGUCUUGCCCGUGGAUGGAUGGAUGGGUUCAUUCGAUCCUUUGUGAUAUAGUCAUAGAAUAUACGUAUU